GACUUUCAAAGUCGUCCCUCCACUCCAGUCCACGUAGUGACUACAGUGCUCCGAGUUCUAGUCAAUUUUUCAUUCGAUGGGACCAUGUCCUCCGUAGUGCAGUGUGGCGGUUGUGGGUCGUCCACGACCACUCUAAAGUUUGUUUCGUGUUUGCACGCAUUGUGUGUGCCGUGCCUGCAGAACAGCUUGGGAUUUGAUGGCUGCAUAAAGUGUCCGCAAUGUUUGGUCAGCACGCAGGUGAAUUUUAGCUUGGAUCCAUUACGAUCUCUUCCAAAUGUGGUCCAAGAAAAAGAUGUGAAUGGAGCGACUGGACAACUGCAGCGGAGUCCUGUUUCACCAACGUGCAAUGAGUGCUGGGAUGACAGAGCGGCUACCGUGGUUUGCGAGAUUUGUGAUGUGAAAUUUUGUGAGUGUCAUGGUACUGGUCACCUGAGAUCAAAAUCAGGUAGAGGCCACACCGUCAACCCACUGUCUGCAGCAUCCAUCACAGAGACUGAGUCAACAAGCAGUGGCAGCAGCAGUGGCAGCAGCAGUGGCAGCGUCGUCCAGCAUAGGUGUGCUCUACACACCAAUGAAGUGCUGAAACAGUUUUGCUUGGAUUGCAAUCAGCUAUUGUGCACACAGUGCAUACAUACUGGAGGACACAGACAUGAUGAACACAAGGUGAUGGAUAUUGCCAGUGCUGCACAAAACACUCGUGACACACUUUCCACUAAGCUGAGCAAUUGUACAUCAGAAUGUGAUGGUGUUGUCAGCAGUGCCAUAGAGACCGUGGAGAAGAACAUUCGAAUGGUACACAGUCAAACAGAGUAUGCUUCAGAGAAGGUUUCAGGUUUCUUCAAGCCACUGAUGGAGGCUGUGAAGAAACGAGAAGAGUGUCUUCUAGCCGAACUCGAUCAGCUGAGGUUGCAGAAACUGGAACCUCUUGAGAAGCAACUACACCAACUUCAGGAGUGUGUGUCGAAAGGAGAGAGUGCUGCCAGCAUUCUUCAGUCGUUUCAGGAUGACAUUGAGCUUCUCCGUGUGUGGUCCUGGGUGGAUGCGUCUAUCGUGAAAACCAUGAAAACUGCGGAGGACGAGAAAGAGCCAUGUGUCACCAGUGGCAUUGUGUUUGGCACGACGGACACCACAUCCCUACUCAAUGACAUCAGCAAAACAGGAGCAGUGCUGGAUGUUGCUGAUGGCACACUGAAGAGUCCCGACGAUGCCCAUCCUAACGACCAUUUGAACAUCUCUAUAGAGCUACCAGACAGUGCUGUCCCAAGUAUCGUGGAGCAAGAGCAAGUGGAAAACAUUGGACUGGAGAUAUCAAUAUCCGGUCUCGAUGAGGACACAACCACCAUGUGCACACAGCUUACACCUGCUACCGGACAAAUACAGGCCCGACAUACUCCAUUGCAAACUGGCCACUACAACAUCUCAGCCAAGAUUGGUUGUGUCCAUCUGAAGGGUAGUCCACAGAAGCUGGUGGUGUCGGCGACUCCGAGGUUUGAUGGAGAUCGCUGUGGCAGUCAGUUGAAUAUCACCAAUGAUGGUCACUCAUUGAGUAAGACCGGUGCCGGUGGUAGGUAUAGAUCAGCAUGUACCACACCUAUGGUCACUGAUACUGGUAGCAGUACGCUGAAGGUGAGCAUUGACAAGACCGCCAAUGGUGACAUCUCUCUCUCUGCUUGUUCAUCUAGUAAUCCAAAGCUGGAAUGUUACCAACAGGACACGGCACAGUGUUUUGGUUGGUUUGGCCAUAGUACAGGUAAGUACCACACCGGCACAGCCCUUGGUCAACCGUGGCAAACUGGUGACAUCAUUCUUCUAACAGUUGAUCACGAUCGUCACACUCUCACUGGUAGACACGAGAGAACGGGUGCCACAGAAACCAUCCCGAACGUCACAGGUGACCUGUACUGGAUUGUCACACUCAACAAUGCGGGAGAUGAAUUUACUCUUGUGUAGGGCAUUACGUGGUAAACAGUUUACGCUGCCUUGGCUAUAACUGUUCAGUGCUGUGCUGCUACUGACGUGCAUGCAUGCCACGGUGCAGUAUCGCCAGUGAACACGUACAGAUCUACCAUACCACUGUAACCAUGGUAUCGGCCGGAGUUCUUUUGGCGACGCCUGUACCUGUACAGGGUAGUACCCCCCCUCCCCCCCCCUCUCCCCACCCCCUCUCCCCACUUCAAACCAUCCUUCCACCUCCUGUUUCCACACAUUCAUGUACCUACUUGUAUAUCUAUCCGGGGAGGAUAUUUUCACACCAGUUUUCAUCAGUGUACCACUGCUAGGAUUUAUGUGAUUCUGUUGGAAGGCAAAGUGACAUGAGGCAUGUCGUUGGGCAAUUGUAUAGCUGAUGUUACAUGUACUGCUGUGAUCCGGCCUGCCUGGAACUUCUCACUGUUCACGCUUAUUGCCCAGGGUGGGUGACACUGAGUCUAUCUGGUAUCGUCUGAUUUGGAUUGUUUGGAACUCAUGUGGCAUUACAAUUUUGUGGUUGAUUUAUUGUUCCAAGCUUCCCACCUUCCACUCUACUUUUACAUACAUGUACUUCAUUCAUGUCAGCUGUGCGUCUGCCACAACCUAGCUUCUUGGACUGAUGUAUGGGAGACUUGUCUUGCUCAAUGCUAUUUGACUUGG